CUUAAUUAGAAUUUCGUUGAAUUUUAUAAAAUCCAUAACACGUUACUUCUCUCGAACCACAGUCCAAGAUCAUAUGUUUUGAAUAAACAAAAUAUUGAUUAUUUAUCUGUAUAAAGAGACAAUAAAUGAUGCGAGGAGUAUAAUAAUCGAUAUAUAUUGCGAUUAAGACUUAUUGUGCGAAAAAUGAACGCAAAUGGAUGCAAAUGUUUUGAUCUGCCAAGUUCUUUGAUGUCAAUACAAAUGCUAUGUUUAUCUUUACAUUCUUAUUAACUUUCCUUAUUCUAUCGCGUGGUAAAAUUCGUCGGAGCAAUGAUAUACUCGUAAAUGAUGAGGAUCAAUUAUCUGCUAAUUCACAAGAAACAUAUUAUGAUAUAUCGAAUUAUGAUAUAACGUUUUGGAUUAGACGUUUGCAAGUAGAGCAAUAUGCUUUCUUAGAGAACAGAGAUUAUUUUUAUACUGUUUUUGUAGAAUUAGAUGAUGCUCCAUUUAUAAUAAAGAUCAUUAAUAGUUAUUACGCGAUCAAAUUAUUUUGUCAACUAUACAAUUGUUCAAUUUCUAAUUUCGAAAAUUUAUAUUCAUUGAAAUUGACAGAAUUUAGGAAAUUCAACUAUAUGCUCUUAGAAGCUCCAAAGGCCCUCGAUAUUAAUCAAAGUUAUCUUUCCAUUGAUGAUUAUUUUCAAAAAAAUAUAUUUAUAUGCACUUUCGAAAAAGGAUUAAGUAACAAUAGCCGCCGGAAAAGCAAUGGAGUAUCUAAUAAUAAUGAUUUUAAAGAGAUCCCGUUAGUAACUCCAAAAUAUAUGAAAUCUAUGAGAUCAUUGGGUCGACACCUUUUGCAAAGCAUAAAUCAUGAUAAGUAUGGAUAUGGAAAUACAGAUUACAGUGCAGAAGGAGGCAAAUUUGCUUAUCAAGAAUAUAGACGACAUAAAGAUUCAAUCAUAAGUAAAAAUAAAGAUGAGAAUAACGAUGACGAUGAUGACGAUGACGACGACGAUAACGACGACGACAACGACGACGACGACAACGAUGACGACGAAUACAUUGACUUUGACGAAGGAGAAGAAGAUUAUGAGAUUGGCGAUGAGGCUGCAGGGGAAGAAGAGAAUGAAAAUGAAGAAAAUUUAGAGGAGGAAGAGGACAAUGAGUUGGGACAUCAAAGCAUUGGACCAAAAGCUCGCAUGGCAAGUUUCAAUCGUAUCAUAUUCCCUUAUCCAAAUAAGAAGCACAAGCAGCAUUCGAGAAAAGAAAAUAUCAGAAUCAGAUCUGUUACUGAAGAAUGCGAUGAAGAAGAACCAACAGAAGAUCCGCAAUAUUAUGAUUACGAAACAAAUGGCCAUGACGCGUCACUUGGAAUCAUACAUAGAACACAAAUGCUAUACUUUAUAAGAUUGAUAAUAAUACUUAUACUCAUUAUUUGCUGAAUAUAACAACAUUAAUAAUAAUUUAAUUUUAAAAGAAAUGUGAUUUUAUUUACAAAUAUACGUACCAAUAUACGUAAAUCUUCUAUUACUUUAAUUCAAUUGACU